AUGUCCCAGCCUGGGGGACGCAGGAGGAGGCCUGGAACCCUGGAGCCUCCAGUGCGCAGCAUCCGGCCCUUUAAGUCCAGCGAGCAGUACCUGGAAGCCAUGAAGGAGGAUCUGGCCGAGUGGCUUCGGGAUCUCUAUGGGCUGGACAUCAAUGCAGCCAACUUCCUGCACGUGCUGGAGACCGGCCUGGUGCUGUGCCAGCAUGCCAACGCCAUCACCCAGGCUGCCCUGGCCUUCCUGGCCGAGGCACCUGCCCGAGCCCGGGGGAUUCCCAUGCCUCAGGCCGGGGUUUCCUGCAAUGGGGCUGCCCAGCCAGGCACCUUCCAGGCCCGGGACAACGUCUCCAACUUCAUCCAGUGGUGUCGCAAGGAGAUGGGCAUCCAAGAAGAGAAGACUGAGGGCUCAGGGACUAGCCCAAGGUCAUGCGGCUGGGGGGUGGGAGUGGCAGGGAUCCCCGGCAGCCAGGCUCCAGAGCCUGUGCUCAACCCGCCUGGUGAUACCCAGGCUGGAGGUUGGUGGGUACUGGAGGUGCAAGGAGGAAGCAGAACAAACUGCUUCUUGCUCCUGGACCCAUCCCGGCAACUGAGUGGGGAGAAGGUUCAGAGCCUUGUGAGCCACUGCACAUGCCCAGUUCAGUUCUCCAUGGUCAAGGUGUCUGAGGGGAAGUACCAAGUGGGGGACUCCAACACCCUCAUCUUUAUCCGGGUCCUCCGGAACCACGUAAUGGUGCGUGUGGGGGGCGGCUGGGACACACUCAGCCAUUAUCUGGACAAACACGACCCCUGCCGGUGUACAUCCCUCUCACACAAGCCAGGCAGCUUCCUGAAGCCCCCCGUUCCACCGGUGCAGCAUGAAGUGAGGGUGCUGGAUGAGCCCUGGCAGCCGCAGCCUGCGAUGACCGUCAGCCGCUCCCAGAGUCCACUGCCCCCUGUGGACUGGAAGACAUAUACCUCUUCGGGCCGAAAGCUGAGGCCCCCCGCCUCCUCCCCCAGACCCCACAGUGAAUGCGGAGCAGGGGCAGGAGUCCUCAGAGAAACAGCAUCGUCCCUGAGGUGCCAGGAGAAGCCACCUGCUCCAUCUCAGAGGCAGCUGCAAGUUGGGGACAGUCCACCCAGCCCCCAAUUCUCACCCACCCCUAGGGGCCGAGACCCACAGUACACCUCUUCAGGGAAGAGGGAGGACAGACAGUUGUCUGUCCCCAGGGGAAGGACUCCUACAUCUUGGGUUCAUGAGGAGACAGACAACUGGGGAACCCAUGCCAGGGCCCCCACUCCCCAGAGACUCCGAGCCCCUGAGGCUACUGCCAAAGGGACACCAGCAAGAGGACCAUCUCCCCUGCCUCGUUACUCCAGUCCAGCCAAGACCAUGGGCCCCAGGAAGCCACCUCAGGGUGAAGCCAAGGAUGCUCCCUCCCAGCUCAGGGAGCCAGUUGUCCGUUCCCCAUCCCCUGUUAAAGGACCCACCAAGAUCCCUGUCCGGAUGCCCCCUGCCCGACCUCCCACUCCAGGAAGCUUUCCAGGUACUGCAAGUGGAGGUCCCACAACAGAACUGGAGAGAAGCUCCAUCCCACUAAGGGCUGCCAUUGGAGUCCUGGCUGGGUCCAGGCAUGGGGACUGCUCUGUGGAAGGAAGGCAAGGGGACCAGAAGCUGGACAUCUGUGUGACAGCAGAAACUGGAGAGCCCUGUGGCCUGGGUCCACAGGACCAGGAGAAGAGGUGCACUCCCCUGACCCUGGAGGGCACCAAGGAGCCAGUGAUCUCCCAUAGCCUUGAGGAGCAGCUUCUGGCCAACAUGAAGCUGCUGGAGGUGGGGACUGCCCAUCCCCGGGGCCCAGGGUCUGGGCUCAUCCCUCGCAGUGGAGUCUAUGUCCCCAGCCUGGGUGGGCGGUGGCCUGAACCUGGGGGUCCUUAUGACAAAGUCAUCCAAGAACUGGCUCAAGGUCCCCCACCCCUUAUUAAAGUAGACCUGGGAGCCUGGAAGGCUGGCCAUACAAGCUCCCCUAAGUUGGCUGUUACCACAAGCCCAGGAAGCCCAAAAGGGGAACUGGGAACCAGAGAGAGUAUGCCAAGGACAAAGGCAACCUUGCUUGCCAAGGACACCGGGAUGAAGAAGGUCCCAGCUCAAGGAGAGCAGGACUGCUUGGCCCCUACUGUGUUUGCCAGCCUGGAGGCCCCCACAUCUUCCCCCUCAGACCCAAAUUCUGACAAAGCCAAGGCAUGUCCAGGCAAGGGCAGGAGAACCCUGCGGAAGCCCCGGAGAGUGCCCUCUAUCUACAAGCUGAAGCUGAGGCCCAGAAUCCGGCCCCGGAGAGACCACAGGCCGGAGAAGCAGCCUUCACGAAUCCCGAAGCCCCUGGCCUACCUCCGCCUGGGUCCAGCUGGGGCGGCCCCUAGGGGCCGGCUGGAGAGGGCAUCAGUGCUGGGUAACAAGGGAGGGGAGGCAGCCCUGGGGGGUGGAGCCUGGGCAGGGGAGGAGGGGGGGAAGGAGGAAGAACCGGCCGCCCCACUGGAGAGCAGACCCCAGCGCUCCGAGGGCCUGGGGCCCCAGCAGCUUGAUCAAGUUCCACUCCCGCCUGAGGAGGAGUCCUGGGUCUGA